AUGCCCACUUAUGCCUUUACAGACUUCAAAGCACAAGGGCAAACUAUUGAUUAUGUGCUGGUUGACAUCAGGAAAACAACCUGUUUUGUGCUGUCUCCCUUCAAUGCAUAUGUUGCUCUAUUCAGAAGUCACAGUUGCAACUGCAUCUAA